AUGUCUUCGUCCACCGAACUCCAGCUCGGCCGUCUCAACAACAAAGUCGCCAUCGUCACCGGCGGCGCCAGUCCUCUCGGUUUUGGCGCAGCCAUAUCCCGCCGCUUCGUGACCGAAGGCGCAAAGGUCAUCAUCGGCGACCUCGACGCAUCGGGUGCAGAAUCUGUCGCCGCAUCCCUAUCCUCUCCCAACGUCAAAGGCGUAGCUAUGAACGUCACCUCCGAAGAAGAUUGGAAGCGUGUUGUAAACAUGGCAGUUUCGGAGUUUGGACGCCUGGAUAUUGUGGUGAAUAAUGCGGGAGUGACGUAUAGAAAUAAGCCCACAGAAGAGGUCACGGAAGAGGAGUUCGAGAGGGUGAUGAGCGUGAAUGUCAAGAGUAUUUUUUGGAGUGUCAAAGUUGCUAUUCCGCAGAUGCAGAAGCAGGGCGAGGGCGGGAGUGUGAUCAAUAUCUCCAGCUCGGGCAGUGUGAGACCGAGACCGGGGUUGGUGUGGUAUAACGCCAGUAAGGGAGCCGUGUCGAAUGCAACCAUGGCAUUGGCUGCCGAGUAUGGUCCUGACCAGAUCAGAGUGAACGCGAUUGCCCCACUGUUGUCGGCUACAGGACUGUUCGAGUCUUUCGUUGGAGUCAAGGACACACAAGAGAACAGAGACAAGUUCGCAGCAUCGAUUCCUCUGGGUAGAUUGACAGAUCCGGUGGACGUGGGCAACGCGUGUGUGUUCCUGGCAUCGGACGAGGGCAAGUUUGUGACGGGCACCAACUUCAGCGUUGACGGAGGAAGACACAUUUGAAGUGUUUUGAGAGUAUUCAGCCACUAAGAGCCUUUCCAACCAACUCUUGACAUCUCUGCGACAUGUGAAGGUCAAGAGCCAUUUUGUGACCCUCGGGGCUCAUCUUGACCCAAGUCUUUUGCAAGAUCUUGAUGAUCUUGUCUUCAUCCAGAGUCUUCUCAAAGGCCUCGAAUUGAUCGUCGAGGAAGACAAGGCAAGCAAUGUCCUCUAGGACUUGAGUCUCGGGAUCGCCUUCGCGCAGACCUUGCUUCUCGAUCAUGGCCAUGGUCUUUUGCGUAUCCUCGGCGCUGUAUCCGCAGUCUUCCAUGAUGGGCUUGACGAGUUGUGCCUGUCUUUUCUUGAGGAAAGUUCUCCAACUGUGGUAGCCAAUGCGCGUCAUGGGAUACGAGUCGCGGGGCACCUCCCAGCGGCGGAAGUGCUGAGCGCGAAUGGCAAUCUUGAGGGCUUCCGAGGCAUCGGGGGCGCGUCGCUCGAGGUACCAGGUCAUCUGGCGGGCAU